UUGGAAAAAUGACUCAGUAAGUUCAGCGCGCCCGCUCCGGCCGGCCCUGCGCCUCCCGCCGCGCCCGGGAUGUAUUCGUCCCCGCUCUGCCUGACCCAGGAUGAGUUCCACCCGUUCAUCGAGGCGCUGCUGCCUCACGUCCGCGCCUUCGCCUACACCUGGUUCAACCUGCAGGCGCGGAAGCGCAAGUACUUCAAGAAGCACGAGAAGCGGAUGUCGAAGGACGAGGAGCGCGCGGUGAAGGACGAGCUGCUGGGCGAGAAGGCCGAGGUGAAGCAGAAGUGGGCGUCCCGGCUGCUGGCCAAGCUGCGCAAAGACAUCCGGCCCGAGUGCCGCGAGGACUUCGUGCUGGCCAUCACCGGCAAGAAGGCGCCGGGCUGCGUGCUCUCCAACCCCGACCAGAAGGGCAAGAUGCGCCGCAUCGACUGCCUGCGCCAGGCCGACAAGGUGUGGCGGCUGGACCUGGUCAUGGUCAUCCUCUUCAAGGGCAUCCCGCUGGAGAGCACCGACGGCGAGCGCCUGGUCAAGGCGGCGCAGUGCGGCCACCCGGUGCUCUGCGUGCAGCCGCAUCACAUCGGCGUGGCGGUCAAGGAGCUCGACCUCUACCUGGCCUACUUCGUGCGCGAGCGAGACGCGGAGCAGAGCGGUAGUCCCCGGGCAGGGAUGGGCUCCGACCAGGAGGACAGCAAGCCCAUCACGCUGGACACGACCGACUUCCAGGAGAGCUUCGUCACCUCCGGCGUGUUCAGUGUCACCGAGCUCAUCCAGGUGUCCCGGACACCCGUGGUGACUGGAACAGGACCCAACUUCUCCCUGGGGGAGCUGCAGGGGCACCUGGCAUACGACCUGAAUCCAGCCAGCACAGGCAUGAGGAGAACGCUACCGAGCACUUCCUCCAGCGGGAGCAAGCGGCACAAAUCGGGCUCGAUGGAGGAAGACGUGGACACGAGCCCCGGCGGCGAUUACUACACCUCGCCCAGCUCUCCCACGAGUAGCAGCCGCAACUGGACGGAGGACAUGGAAGGAGGCAUCUCGUCCCCGGUGAAGAAAACAGAGAUGGAUAAGUCACCUUUCCACAGCCCGUCUCCCCAGGACUCCCCCCGCCUCUCCAGCUUCACCCAGCACCACCGGCCUGUCAUUGCCGUGCACAGCGGGAUCGCCCGGAGCCCUCACCCCACCUCGGCCCUGCACUUCCCCACGACCUCCAUUCUGCCCCAGACGGCCUCCACCUACUUCCCGCACACGGCCAUACGCUACCCACCUCACCUCAACCCCCAGGACCCGCUCAAAGAUCUCGUGUCGCUGGCCUGCGACCCAGCCAGCCAGCAACCUGGACCGUUAAAUGGAAGUGGUCAGCUCAAAAUGUCCAGUCACUGCCUUUCUGCUCAGAUGCUGGCGCCCCCGCCCCCUGGGCUGCCGCGGCUGGCGCUCCCCCCUGCCACCAAACCCACCUCCGAGGGAGGAAGCACGUCGCCGACCUCGCCCUUCCUGGUAUCUGGGAUAAGAAAGAUUUCUUCCCACGCCCUGCUCCUCCGUCGCGGGAAUCCCAGGGGGCCGCACAGCCGGCCCCUGGCCCACGUUUUCAGUGGAAAGUUACAGCAAGCAAGAACACCCCGCCGACUCCCAGCCUGGCCGAAAAGAGAAAACAGGCACAUACGUACACACAGGAGGAAAACGAGCAAAAAGGAAAAAAAGGCAAAAAAAAAAAAAAAAAAAAAAAGAAAAAGGGAAAAAAAAAAAAAAAACAAACAUAAAAAUAAACCCACCCAGCCAAGAAGACAAAAGGUGAAGACAGCAACCGUUCAGACUCUCGGGACGCCACCGCCGGACCAGAGGGCCAGGCCCAGCCACCGCUCGGAGGUCGGGGCGUCUUCCUAAGUUAUUCAUCUCCUCUGGCUGCUGUUCUGGAAGGUCGGGCGCCCGCUCCCCGCCUCCGCCCAGGACCAGGUGAGCGCGGCCUGGUGCCCCUGCCCAGGCCCCACGGGGCAGGACACCCAGCCAGGCCACCUCUGCCCGAUGUGGGCCGGGCCUCCGCCGAGUGGGGACGCAGGCGCUGUGGGGACGGUGGGGGGCCGGCGAGGACCCCAGCCGCGGGCAGCAGAGGCCGCCCUGGAGGCCCCGGGGGGGCAGGGAAGCGACGAGGGCAGAAGAGGGUUGUGGGGAGACCGUGCGUGUCUCCGGGGGACCGGGACGCGCGGCAGAAACUUUCUCCGGAGCGUCCUGCCCCGACGCGUGCACGCGCCCGGCUGGGCUCGCUGGGGACUUGGUCUUUCAGCCCCAGGCCUGCCCUGUUUGGGAGGAGAAGUCUCUAUGCAAUUGACCCCCAGCUCCACCCCUCGGCAUUGGAGGCCACCCCACCCCGCACCCCGCCGCCGGCCCUGCUCCACACGCCCCCGGGGAGGGACCCACGUUGCACACACUGUAAGAAAUGCACUUUCCGAGGAAGGGGCUGGGGCGCGUGGAGAGACCCAGAGCUCCCCGGGAGGGGACACCCGUCUGGAGCCUCCAUCCACCCGAGCCCUGGGAGGGGAGCCCCCCCCCCGCCCCCCGCCGCCACGUAGCCCACGGAGGUGGGAGGUGAGAGCGAGUGGUUUAAGUGCCUGAUUCCCACCGCCCGCCCCCCUUUGUCCAGCUGGGAUGCGAAAUGGCCGGGGGCCCCUUCCAUUCCCUCCCACAGCCCGGCUGCCUCCAGUCACUGACCCUCAUUGCUGUGCCCCCCUCAGAGCUAGAGAGAUGGGACUCCCCCCCCCCCCACCCCACCCACGGUCGGCCCAAGGGGCAGAGCUGGGCGUCCCUCAAGCCCUGCUGCGCUCGGGCACAGGGGUGGGAUCUGGGGAGCCAGCGGGCCCUCCCUCGCCUCCUCUGCCAGUGCCUUACAUCCUGGAGCGACACCCCCUCCCUGGUGCCUCCCGGCCCAAAGGGGGACCACGGUUUGCACUUUCAACUUCCCCCCGCCGAAGUGGGGCGCAGCCAGGGAGGUGCGUUGUGGCCGGGCCCCCACGAGGCAAGCAGGCCGGUCACUGUAGUCCACGUAGGCCUGGAUGGGGUUGGGGGGGGGGGGGCGGGUUCUGGCCAGGGGAGGGAGGGGCCGGCGCCUAGGGGGGUCCCCUGUAGCCAUGUAGGGGACCCCCCAUCCGCUAAACGUUUUCCGUUGAGCCGCUCCAAAAACACUAAGCUGGGGACACCGGGUGCCCCCCAGCCCCGGCUCCCUGGCCCCACCCCACCUCCAGCCCGGGAUGGCCAUCUUGGGUGGGGGGCCUGGGAGGGGGUGUUAGGUGUUCCCGGGUCACCAGGCCCAGACACAGGGGCCCCUCCCAUCCUGUCCCAGGCCCAGCUGGCCUCCUCCAUGCCUGGCCCUGGGGGAAACCUCCCCCACCGCAGCCCCCCACCCCCCGCCUGGGCCAAAGCCAUCGCCCUGGGGAGGGCCUCCACAUCACCUGCUCCCAGCCUGGCCCUUCUCCCCCUCUCCCGUGCCCCAGGCCUGGCCAGCCUCUCCCACCUCCCCAGAAACUGGACUUUCCUCCCAAACCAGCCCAAGGGGCUUGGCAAACCCACUCGACCAUAGAGAGAAAGACCCGUCCCCACCAACCCCCCUCCCAUCGUCCAGAGGCUUCCAAGAGCCCUUGGUCCGUCCGUCUGUCCCCAGGGCCCCCUCCACCGGGUGGCCGUAGGGGACCAAAGCAUGGGCCGCUCUCCGGGAGGGCAGGAGGGGGUGGGUCGUGCAGUUGGGGUAUCCGGAAGCUUCUCAGCCGGGAACCUUAGGGUGCGGGUAGGCAGGGUAGGGGAGGGGCGCCUGGCACCCCCCAGCUACCUAACUUUGCAUGGUGCUUAGUCGGGGAUUCCUGUGACCUGGCUCCUGACGUCAGCUCGCUGUGGCUGACACUGCAUGGCAAAUGAUACCUGGCUCUGUCUCCCCCCCCGCCCCCCCAGCCCCCCCCACCCUCCAACACUACCCCCCCUCCUCUUUAAAAAAAAAAAAAAAGAUACAAAAAAAAAAAAACCUUAAAAAAACUCCAUGUUUCCUAAUUUGCACGGAAUUUUCUACCACAUGAUGUGCCUUGCCUUCCGAAGAUAAGUAUUACCUUUAAACAAUAUCAGCGCACAGAUAGCCGCAUGUUCUGCUCGUGUAGUUAAAAAAAAAAAAAAAAAAAAA